GGACCGAGCAGAGAAUCAGCUGGAACUGGAUUUCAAGUCUGAAAGUCAAGUCUUAUUUGUUUCGUUUCGUUAUUUUCAGCUCCUGUUCCUUACACACACACACACACACACACACACACACACAUGGCUUCUCCUCGGCUCGAGACCUUCUGCUGUCUGAACCGUGAUGCUGUGACGGACUUCAUCAUCAACUUCCAGCCUGUUUUUUUCAGCGCCAUGUGCGCGGGGAGCGCCGGAUUGAGCGUGAUCUUCUCUGUCCUGCAGAUCCUCCCUAAGAGGAGGGGGUACAGGCGACUCGGGACGUACCCGUUCCCAAAACCUGCCUCGUCAUCCAGGAUUCUGUUCAUCAUAAGCGUGUGUGACAUUCUAGGAUGCGUGGGGAUGAUUGUCAGAUCGUCGGUUUGGCUCGGCGCUCCCGGCGUCGUCGGGCAAAUCUCACUCACUAACGGCAGUAACAUCUGGCCUGAGGUUUUCUGUGUGGGCAGCGCUAUAUGGAUCCAGCUGUUCUUCAGCGCCUCCUUUUGGUGGACGUUCUGCUACGCGGUGGACGCGUUCCUGGUGGUCAGGCGGUCAGCUGGGACCAGCACUAUCGUCCUGUAUCACAUGAUCACAUGGGGUUUGGCAGUGCUGCUGUGUGUGGAAGGUGUAGCAAUGCUUUAUUACCCUUCUCUCUCAAGUUGUGAAAACGGCCUUCAGCACGCGAUCCCUCACUACGUCACCACCUACGCCCCCAUGCUGCUGGUGCUUUUAGUCAAUCCGUUCCUGUUCACACGCACUGUCACAGCUGUUACAUCACUACUGAAAGGACGUCAAGGAAUUUACACCGAAAACGAGAGACGCUUAGGAGCGGAAAUCAAAAUGCGCUUCGUUAAGAUUCUCCUGGUCUUCGUUAUCUGCUGGCUGCCCAACCUGAUUAAUGAGAGUUUGUUAUUUUACUUGGAAAUGCACCCCGAGGUUGAAGCAUCUGAGCUGAAAAACGUUCAUAACGCCGCUCUUAUCACGUGGUUCAUCAUGGGCAUCCUGAACCCCAUGCAGGCCUUCCUCAACACGCUGGCCUUCCACGGCUGGACGGGAUUAGACGUCGAUCUGAGUCGGCAGAAGCGGCGUGAGCCACCCUGGGACUCGACCUCCACCUCCAUACCAGCAAACGGAGGUUACGACCCCCUGAUGCCGUCCACGCUGCUCUACCAGGCCCAUGUCCAGGAUGGGAAGAAGCUGACGGAGAAGGGACACCAGCUUCCAUCUGACACCGCCAGCAUCCUGUCUGAGAGUUCCAGCUCCAGUACACUGGAGAUCCACAUCCCGAGUGAGUGGCGAGACGGAGAGGAAGCUAAAGCUGUGGAGCGGACCGGUCUCUAAAAACUCUGCACGACCCU